AUGGGGCAUAUGACUCAGAAUUGCAGAGCGCUGAAGCAACACUUGGAAGACUUAGAAGCAGCUGGACACCUCCGGGAUUACAUUGAUCAGGAUAAAGCAGUGACCGAGCCAGGGAACCCACCACCAGAACUGAACACUGAGCACCCACCUCGGCUGAUAAUAAACGUGAUCCAUGGAACAGCGACCCAGGAACAUGAAGAGGCACUGAAAGAAGAGAUUGCUAAGGCUGUGCAAAUUCAGCAGGUCAUGUCAAUAGAGCCUGCAUCGAAAAAGGUACGCACGGCACCCAAAUCCCCCUUGUGCACUGUUUUAUUUACUAGAAAGGAUUUAGAAGGCAUAGAGCACCCAAAUACUGAUGCACUAAUUAUAAUUGUGGGAAUUGGGAAACGGUUUGAUGUAAAACGAGUCCUGGUAGAUCAAGGCAGUGCAGCAGACAUAUUGUAUUAUGACUUGUUCAGAAAGCUUGGCCUCUCCGAGCAGCAUCUCACCCCAGCGGCAGCUCCGUUAAUUGGCUUCAAUUCACAGCCAGAAUGGUCACUUGGCAGAAUAGCAUUGCCAGUUGUAGCAGGAACGAAGACCCUCCAGAUAGAGUUUCUAGUUAUUAAUACACUUUCCCCUUAUAACGCCAUACUAGGCCAUUCAUGGAUUCACCAAAUGGAAGCGGUCCCUUCAACUUACCACCAGCUUAUCCGUUUCCCAACGGAACACGGAGUAGAGCAGAUCUUAGGGGAUCAAGUUGCGUCCAAACAUUGCUUCAUGGCAACAUUAAAGGCUAAGCAACUUUGUAACCGGGUACAGACAGUGGAAAUGGCCGAACAGCCAGUCUUGGAAGAUGUAGGGGGAGCCCCAGAGGAAAAGAUGGUAGAGGAUUUGGAGAAAGUCCUGGUAAAGGAGGAUGAUCCAGAAAAGUACUUCCUUAUCGGUACCUCACUAGGUGCUGAUGAGAAACUUUAG